UUUGCUUCUUUUAUGUAGAGAGAGAGAGAGAGAGAGAGAGAAUCAUGGCGCAACAUGAUGACCUCAGCGCGCCACCGCGGCCGCUGCCACCGUCUCCAUCUCCCACUAAGACCGAUCCGCGUGCAAUUCACGGACGGGCUAUAAAAUCAGUUGCAACCGACAAUGCGACAUUCAACAAUCUGGUAACGCUUUACUCGAAAUUGGAGAGUUUGGCGUCCUACUCUGUCCGCGUGUUCAGCCAAAUCCGGAGUCCCAACAUUGUGUCAUGGACCGCACUUGUCUCUGCCCACUCCAAUACCCUCCUCGCCCUCCGUUACUUCGUUUCCAUGCUUCGCCACCCAACACUCCCCAACAAUCGCACCCUUGCCUCCCUCUUCCGCACCUCAGCUGCACUCUCUGCCCUCCCCUUUGCCCUUUCCCUCCACUCCCUCUCCCUCAAGCUCGCCCUUUCCAGUGAUCCUUUUGCCGGUUCUGCGCUACUCAGUUUUUACUUCAAGUGCCGUAUGCCGCACCACGGACACAAGGUAUUCGAUGAAAUACCUGAUAGAGAUAGUGUUUGUUAUUCCGCUAUGAUCGUGGGUCUAGCUCAGAAUUCCCGCUCUGUGGAUGCGCUUCUGGUUUUGGCUGACAUGAGGCAUCAUGGUUUUGCAUCCACAGAGCAUAGCGUUUCGGGGGGUCUGCGUGCUGCUGCUGAGCUGGCAGCAUUGGAGCAGUGUAGAAUGAUACACGGGCAUGCGGUUGUUGCUGGGUUUGAUUCAAAUGUGGUGGUGGGCAGUGCUCUGGUUGAUGGUUAUGGUAAAGCCGGCGUUGUUGAGAAUGCAAGGCAGGUUUUUGAGGAAAAUUUGGCUUGGAUGAAUUUAGUGGGUUGGAAUGCUAUGAUGGCCGGUUAUGCCCAGCAAGGAGAUCAUAAAUCUACUUCCGAACUGUUUGAUUCAAUGGAAUGCCAAGGACUGGUGCCGGAUGAGUAUAGUUUUCUGGCAAUGUUGACAGCACUCUAUAAUGCUGGAAUGUUUCUUGAGGCUGAUCAGUGGUUGACAAGGAUGAAAGUGGAUUAUGGUUUGCAGCCAACUCUGGUGCAUUAUACUUGCUUGGUAGGUGCAAUGGCCCGUGCUGGGCACUUGGAACAGGCAGAGAGGGUAGCAUUGACAAUGCCAUAUGAGCCAGAUGCUGCAGUUUGGCGAGCCUUGUUGUCAGCUUGUGCUUUUCAUGGUGAAGCCGAUAAGGCUUGGUCUAUGGCCAGGAGGCUUUUGGAACUUGAACCGCUUGAUGACUCGGCUUAUGUUAUUGUUGCCAAUGUGUUGUCAGCUGCAGGAAGGUGGGAUGAUGUUGCAGAAUUGAGGAAAAUGUUGAGAGAUCGGAGGGUGAAGAAACAAGGAGGGAGGAGUUGGAUUGAAAUUCAGGGAAAAGUACAUGUUUUUGCAGCAGGGGACUGGAAGCAUGAGAAAUCCGCGGAAAUUUAUCGCAAGUUACAAGAGAUCAUGGGGGAGAUUGAGAAAUUGGGAUAUGUUCCAAUUUGGGAUGAGUUGUUGCACAAUGUGGAGGAAGAAAGGAGAAAGGAGGCUCUUUGGCAUCACAGCGAGAAGUUGGCAGUGGCAUUUGGUGUGUUAUGUGGGUCUGCACCACCAGGAAAGCCAUUGAGAAUUGUGAAGAAUUUGAGGAUUUGUAAGGAUUGUCAUGAAGCUUUUAAGUAUAUGACCAGAAUUUUAGAGAGGGAAAUUAUUGUGAGGGAUGUUAACAGAUACCACAGAUUUGUUGAUGGUAAUUGUACUUGUAGAGAUAUAUGGUAGCACCUAAGAUGAAUACAUACCCAAAUUAAUCUCCUAAAGAUCACUUAUUUUAUAAUAAGAUUUGUCAUUUAAAAGAUUUUAAGUUAGUCAUUUU